GGAUCAAUGCACAAUCAAAGCAUUUAGAAGUGCUCUAUACAGAAGACUUGACAACAGCAACAAUCAAAUUAAAGAAGGCGAGAUUAGCAUGUUAAACAGAAAUCAAACUAAUUAAAAUGGAGAAGGUAUAAGGAAGGACUCAACCAUCAUAAAACCAAUGGAGGUAUGAAAAGAGUUUUUAGCAUGGCUAAUUUAAGAGGGUGUGGACGGCAGAAAGUUUAGAGACGGAGCUUACGUAAAGAGGGUGGAACUGAGUAAGCAACAAAGGUGUGACUUAGACUAACAACAGAAAUAGUAUACAGUAAACCAUAAGGACAUUCUCUAUAAAGGAAGUUGAGGCGAACAGCACACUAAUGAAGACUAAUAAAAGAGGACUGGACAACGCUACUUAGGAAAAUGAGAUGUAGUCCACAAUGGGAUAUCAUUUCUGUCAUGCAAGAAAAUCUGAAAGAAGAUUAAUCUAAGACUCAGAUUCAACUACAACCACUGUGUUCACCAGGUAAGCCAACAGACACAAAAACACACAUAGCUGAUAGAAAGACAUGAGUUUUGAAGUAGGCUUAUGUGAGUUUGAGAUUGUAUGCUAAUUGUAAAAAAAAAAACUGAAGAGAAAUACAAGGAAAGACAGAUUAGAUAUUACCUUUCAAAUACUGCAAUGGCUAAUUAGAAACGUAUUUUUCAAAGCAAUAAAUUAUUUAAAAUGUAUCCGGUGUGCUUAUGUGGAUUAACAGGUGUAAAUGACGUGUCAUUGUGUUGCCUACAUGCUUUCGAUGAUGAAAAAUGUGGACAGACAAGUUAAGCAAGACGGCAUUAAAUAUCCCACAUAUGCAUAAUAUGACCCUUAAUUUUCUAGAACACCAGUUACAAAAACGUUAAUCUGAUGAGAGACAACAGUUAUAGCCAUGAAUCUACACAAACCAUGGCAAAUGUACAUUUGAACUGACAUGUAGAAACCAUACUGUUGGAGUGGGUGUGUUCAUUGUUGUAAAACAAAUACAUUCUCAUAUUGCACUCAAAGCACAAGGUUGCAUGUUUAGUCAUUUUUCAUAACACAGUGAGAUACCAUCAUGUAUGCACACAGUUUGCUUAGGUAUAUAAACAUUUACACAGUUUGUUUCCUACUCCUGUUACUGGUUAUUUGACUUAAAAACCCAACUCUGUUUUUCCUGAAAGGACAGUGACGGUAAGUAAGAUGUUUCUGCUGAAGUCUCAAUUGCUCAGAGCGUUAUAAGGAAUAGGAAGACUGAUUGUGUUACAUUGACCCAGAAAUCUGCUGUCUUCAAUUACCUUUACAACAAUAUCCUCAACAGACGUUUGUUUGUUUGUUUAUUCUUAACGCCAUUUUAGCAUCUAUAGCUAAAUUUAUGGCGAGAACUGGUUAAUCUACACGAAAGUUAAUCCACACAUUGAUUCACACACACGUUGGGGAGGGCCAUUUAAGCAUCUCCAAUUCACCUAACCAUAUGUUUUUGGAAACUGAAGUACCUGUAAUAAACAUAAAACGGUUUGGAUAAUUUUAGGUACUUGUCUUGAAACAGAAAGGUUCCAAAGAUGUUAAAGGUUCUUUAAAGAACCAUUCAGCCAAAAAUGGUUCCUCUAUGGCAUCAUGAAGCACCUUUAUUUUUAUUAAGUGUACUUUUGUGUAGAGCAAGACGUCAUAUCUAAGCGGAAUGCAAAUAGCAAAAUCAAUUUAUUUCAAAAUUUUGUCUCUUCUCAGGAUGGCUUCUACCAGCUCUGCAUAUUCGGCAUGUGCAAAUACAGAUACAUUCUGUCAGAUCCGGGUGUAUCAACAGGAAGUGAUCGUCGUACCGGUGCUGUUUUUAAUGAUGUUCUUGGUCAUACUGGUUUUUCUACUGCUGAUGAAGUUUUGCCCUGAGAAAGUUGAUCGCUUGCAGCCGAACUCCAAACAAUCCGCUAGGAAUAGGAGAAACUUGCAAGGCAUUGAUGCUCCUGUGGGUCUAAAUGCUCUGGAGGGUGAGCACAUAGCACUGGACACCACGUCGUACAAGACCUUCACCCCUUCAUCAACAAUUAAAGAAGAAUACACAUCUGACUCCUUAAGUGUCAAUGUGGCCUUCCCUAAUGGGAGAGGCUCCUUCGGGGCCACAGCUUCAGCCUUCACAAAGCCCAAAGAACUCCCACGUCAACGGCUGCCGGAGAAUUUUAAUGGGGUGUCUCCCCUUCCAUCAUCAUACUCUUUGAAGUCAGACUCUGUCUCACUCUAUAGGGCUCGAAUGGAGAACAGAAAUGUGGUGCUGCGUGUACUUAAAGAUUCAGCCAGUAAACAGGAAAAUCAGUCCUUUCUCGGCUUUGCAGCCUUCCUUUCCCAAUUGGGACCUAACCCCUUUAUACCAGAGCUUCUGGGUAUUGUAUCCCUCCGAGCUCCUCUCAUUACUGUUAUGGAAGAGAUGGAGCACCGGGAUCUUCUUGGAUUUUUGUGGAGAUGUAGGCAGGAUAAAGUUGGACUGGAAGGCAUUUGCGAAAUGACAGAGAAAAAGAUCUACACUAUGGCCUUACAUGUGUCCACUGCACUGGAUUAUCUCCAUAACAAAGAUCUUCUCCACUGUAACAUCAAGGCUCGCAGCGUAUUAGUCAGUAGUAUGUUUACUGCAAAGCUCUGGGGUUUCGGCGAUUUGUAUGCAAGAACUUCAGAAAAUACAAAUCACAGGGAAGAUCUUGGUAGAAAAAAGUGGCAGGCUCCUGAAUUAUUGGUCAAGAGACCCGCCACUCCAAAAAGCGAUGUUUGGUCAUUUGGACUGCUGCUGUAUGAAAUGGUGACACUUGGUGAGGUUCCUUUUGCUGAAAUUCCUGUGACAGAACUUCUACAAUAUCAUCAAAGAGCCAAAACCCUGAAGAAACCACACAACUGCUCAAACUCGCUUUACUCCAUUAUUAAAGCUUGCUGUCAGUGGAAGGAGCAAGACCGCCCUUCACUGGCUGAGGUCAGACGUAAACUUCAGUCAGGAGAGAAAAGUGCCAAUGACAGCGUUGUUCUCCGGGUGCCUGAGCCCAUCAAUGUUGAACAAUAUCUAAAGGAGGCAGGAUACGGAGAAUCCAACUACACCGUUUUCUAGAAAAAGAAAGAUCUACAAAAUGCAUGAAGUCAACACAAAAACCUCAUUUUGUGUCUGUUGUGUAAACUGUGCAUUUGCAUGCUUCAUGAUAACUGAUCAACUUGACCAUAUUUACAUAAUUCUGCACAAAAUUUUCCUUUAACUUUUAUUCAUGAAGCCAUGACCUGUUUGUCUCUGUUCCAGGAAGUAAAUUUAUGGUAACUGAUCUGAUCUUACAUCCCACACCCUCCUUGUAAGCAGAAGAUCAUGACAUAUUUGGAAACAAACAAGAGACUUAGAUACGAUUAUUAAAGUUAUGUUUACUAAAGACAAUGUAUCCACUGUUUACCAGUAACAAACUAGGAAAAUGUGAAAGACUUAACCUCGACAGAGCUAUAAGCUGUAGCCAACAGCCUGAAACCUUUAUUGUUGUAAACGUAUGGGAUGUGAACAAACUAAAAGCAUUUACCUUGGGCCUUGUCCUAAAUGAGAACCUAAACUGUAUUUCUUUUAACUUCAUAUACAGUUAUAUAUGUGACCCUGCCUGCCAAGGUUAUAUUUCACAGAAUGUUUACAUUAUGUAGGAUGAUUUUAUGUAAAUAACUGUUUUCAUAUGCAGGGUCACAUAUGGUGAUUUACUUGUAUAUAAAAAACAUUAACAC